AUGAGCCCAUCAAAGCAUGCGCUGAGCCUUAAGCAGAUUACCCCGCUAUUCAGUCAACCCCAUGUUCAAAGCCAUCAGAACUUCUUGUCAUCGCUAGACAAGCACAAUAAAAUACAAAGAGCUAAACUCUGCCGAAUAAAACGGGACGAAUUACUACAGAGUUUUCGUUCGAUCGAGUGCUUAUUUGCAUUGUACUCGCCCGUGUUCCAAAAACAUAUUUCCGAGACAGAUUGCAAUGAGUGGAAUGAGUUUCACAAAGUUGCAAAAGAAGGCUUGAGACGCCUCAACAUAAUCAUUAAAGUUACCCUAGCUUGGGGUAACGAGGUGGUCACUCAUUACAACUUUGUAUCACAAUGCAGAGCUCACUGUGAGAAUCUCCGGGCUGUUGCAUGGUACAACAACGAGUGUCAGCCUUGGGCAAAGGUGGUCGAAAUCUUAAAUGCAUCUAUUCGGAUCAAAAUACAAAGGAAUGACGGGCGGUCAAAAGUGAGCGACUCUCGCAAUCCGAUUCUUCCCCAGGAUUUGGCCUAUGCCAAGCGUGCUUUGAAGGGGGACGUUACGUUUGUCAAUAAACCGACCAAGGAACUAUCUGAGGACUAUGGCUUCGAUCAGCAUGGGCUGAUUGUUCGACGGAAAUUUGCGGCAUCAUCCUUGUCUUCGUCAACAUUCCACGACUCUCCGAGGCUUAUUAUUGGAAACAACGACCAAGAUGGGUUCCCGAGGCCGACUGACCCGCGGUCGGCAUCCCAGCUGUCUUCACAAGCCCAACGUGAUAUUGCACGCGACAGCAAUGUGGCGCCGACCCCGUCCGGCCAGGGACCACCAUCGCUAUCGUCCCGUCCAAGGACUCCGGAAGCCAUAGACUUCGCGACAGAAUCGCCGUCGUCGCUGCGCCAGUGUUCAACCCAUACUUCCCCUACCGAGGACAAUAACUCAACCCUCAUUCCAUCGACUCCAUUACCGGCAUCGAGUGCGUCUUCAGCCGCUCCAGGUCUGACAGCUAACGAGACUUCGAGACAAUCGUCAAGUAGUUUGAUGGAAAUCUCGCCAUCGCGAUCAUCCAUAAGCGAAAAUAACAAUCAUCACGAGUGCACGCCUCUAACCACACUUAGUUCAGUACCACAUACGGUAGUGAAAAGUAUAGGUUGCAAUGAUGCUUCACGAUUGCCAGUUGCCUUUUCACCAUCAUCGCCGUCCUCGACAUCUUGCCAACAAUGCUCGCGAUUUGCCGAGUCGCCUUGUGUCAUCUCUGAUCCUGCAAUUCCUGCGACAGCACCAUAUUUAUCGUCAAUCUCACAUAGGCUGCUGCCGUCAUCACCACUCGCAACAACAAAGUUUCGUAAUUCAGAGCCCUCAUUAUCCCCCCCGGAAAAGUUUUCAUAUGAAGCCAAAUCAAAUAUGGUCGAAACGCCUGAGGUGGCCUGUUCAGAAGACGACACCGCCAUUGAGCAGGAGCCGUCACAUACUGCGACUGUUGCCUUCAGCUCUACAGUUAAAGCCACGAACAAUCCAACACGAUCACCUUCGACAGAUCCUAACCCGGCAUUUUUACCGCCCUCCGUAUCGCCGCCUUCCUCGUUCCACCACGAAAUAACCCAAACCCUGACGGCAACCUCUAAUUGCCGCGUCGAUGGCGCUGUCAAAUGCACCGUGGCUCCCUGUUUGCCUACGAAGCCUGAACUCGUUAGGAAACGACCUGGAUCCAAUUCACACGAGUCUUCACCGAAGAAACAAAAAGAGAAUGAUGGGGAUCCUACCACCGCAUUGGUUACACCACUUCGCCCACUAUCAGCGGCAGCUUCGGGGUCCCACAGGCUGGAUAGUCACGCCACAAUUAACUCAACUGAAUUGACUCCAUCUUCACCGACCUUGGCGGCAAACCCCUGGCUGAAGGAUGCCAUGUUAUCCUUGGACCGACUGGACAAAAACAAAUGGCUCAACGAUGCUAUAAUAAAUGCCUACAUACAUGUUUUGGCCAAGCGACAUGGAUUUUGUUUUUUGAACAGCCAUUUCCUGCAAUCUGUGCCGACCUUGUCGUGCAAGGCUGAGUAUGGGGAUCCCCUGGAGUCGGACUUUGUUCUGAUGCCUAUCUAUGAGAAUCACCACUGGUACCUCUUGGUCAUGUAUAAGUCAGACACUGGAGACACGGCCCAAAAUCGUAUUUUUUGUUUUCUCAACUCCCUAGAAUCGCACCCCCUGUCGUCUGAUACUUCUGCUCGAUGGAUACAAUAUCUCAAUAAUCUCGGUUAUCAAGGACUUGUCCGCCAAAGACAAGUCAAGGUCCCCCAACAGUCUAACAGCGUGGACUGCGGAGUCUUUGGCCUUGCGUUCGCCUACCAGAUCGUCGAAAAUCUUCAACAGUUCAUCGAUUCUGUCGAGAGCGGGGCGAGCCUGGGCUGGACGAUCGACGCAUCCAAGUGGCGCAGGCGUCUACGGCGUGAACUUGAGCUCGCAUACGGCCUCGAUUCCGCUGCUCCGGAUUUCAAAUUUAAGAACACCGGGCACGGCGAUGACGAAACCUGUGCAGAUGUGAUCCCGGCAUGCCACGCCUUCAAAGCUCCCAAAGCUUUGAAGCAAGCCCUGUCGUUAGCCACAGUUGCCUCUUUCGAAGCCACUGCUGUGGACCUCGAAAUAAGCCAUAACGGGACUAUGGCCAGUGUGUUUACUACCUCGAUGCCGCCUGAAUCAACAUUACUGCUAAAUAACGAUGUAACCAGUGUCUUUACCGAAACCUUCCCACAAUCGACGGCAUCCUCUCAAUAUUUGACAUCCAUGUCGCCUAAAUUUGUAGGGUCGUCAAUGACAUCGUCGCCAGCUACGCCUACUUCCCAAUCUGCCCCAGUGCAGAUCGUCACCAAGAAAGAGGGCCAGGCAUCGUCGAAAGAGGCUGCACAUAAUACAGAGGCCAGCGACAAACCGUUGUCGCACCAUACGUAUACACAAUCUUCGUCCUUGAAUACAACUGCGGCUGCCCUUUUCGAAGCCUUUUCAACUCUACCACGUGAAAAGAUCAAGAAACUUCAGGCUGUCAAUCCCGAGACCUUAAAUGAAGAAGUACAAAAGGCACUUUAUUGUACGCAUCGUGUACCUUAUGGGCCCAUUGAAGCCGUCAACUUCAAUUCAAGGGUGGCCGCUUCCGACUUCAGAUCAGCUCUAGCGCACCUGCCUCCGCUCCCCAACCUACAGCAGCUUCCACAAUCUAACUGCUUAUCCAACCCAACAAUGAAGCAAACCAGUUUCGUUACGCCGGACGGCGCCCAACAUCUCCUGUCUCCUGUCCCGUCGGCGGAUCAUCCUGAGAUGGCAUGCACAAUCCCGAACCCCUGGCAGGCGCAAAACCGCGUCCCGUCGACUAAUUCCACGAGACAAGGAAAAUUGUUGAUGAAAAUUUUCUCUAUUAUGAAUGCUCCAGCCCAGCAAUGCAGCAAAGGUAGCGAUUCUCUAGUGGAAGACGCAGCUGAAUAUUCACACAUUGUUAAUCAAGACCCUGUCCAAGUUAAAUUCACCAAAGAUGGCUGGGGUCCAAUAUUUGGGCAGGUAAAUUUCAUACACGAUCUUGAGCACGACCGAGUUUUCAAUGUCCCAGACAUCCCCCUCAUAGUCCCGCAGCCAGGAAGUCAGCUCGAGGCCGAUAUAUUGGAUUUUCGCACAAUGGGUUUCUCUCACUGGGAAGAUAACGUUGCGCGUGACCAAUGUUUGCUCUUGAAAGAAAAAGACUUCUGGAGCUCCGAGGGACUGGAUAUCUUUGCUUCGAUUCUGGAAAACGCGCAGCAAUUGAGAAGCUUUCUACGCUACUGGUUCGGGUCAAGGGUGUGCGAAAUCAGGCAUUGCUUAUGGUGGCGCUCAACAGGCCCCAAACCUAUCUAUCUAAAGCAGAACACAGGUCCAAAUGACGACCAGUGUCUGGCUUUCCACAUACUACCACGAGACACAAUCGUACGGUAUUUUGCCGGCUCUCAUACUGCAAGUUGGCCGGGAAUGGGGCAGGAGGGGUCGCCUCAUUUCACGAACUUCGGAGACGACAUUAAUUCUUACACAGGAACCACAUCGUCAGAUGGAAUCACAUUGUUCGAUCCCAAAAUCAACUUCAAAGUUGAAAGUGGCACUGUUAUGACCAUCGUGCUCGGACCAUCAAAUGCGUCCGAAGGCAAAGGUUGGGCCCGGUUGGAUGUGAAGGAUGCAGCUAAGCUCAAGGAGCUUCAGAGGAUCGAGAAGACGCUUGGUAUCGGCUGGAACCUGAGCUGA